GGGUAUCCAUUCCGUUGCGAUAAUGUCAGCGAACGACUAUACAUUUCUCCAACCUGAUGUGUGCUAUUGUCCAACGCCUCCGCGAGUGUUCAAGAUAGUCUCAAAAACCCUGAUGUCCGGAUCUGUAGUGAUGGAUAAUACCAAUUGUUCAGCAUCGCAACCACCGACACCAUUAAUCGUCGAUUAUGAGAGUGUCGGCAUCGAUCGUGCAAAAAUAAACCUGUGGUUUGCCGCGAGAACGACAAUGAGAAAAGAACAAUGACGCGUACAUAGCGCGACAAGUGUUUGUAAAUAAGCCAGGAAUUUGAAUUUUUUACGAGUUUGUACGUAUACUAGGUGUGCGCGUGAGUCGCUGUUGUCUCUUUUUAUUUUAAGAUCUGAUAUAUAGUAGACGUAGUUUCUCUCGGCAAAAGCCGGAUUACAUUCGAAGGAGAAAAGAACGUUUAACCGUUCAACAAUAACAAAAGCCAAAAGAAAGGGAGAGAGAGUGCAAACACGUGGUGUAUAUAAUUGUGGAAUUGAGUCCUGGACGUUACAGGGACGACAACAUUGCUGAGAGCGCGUCAUGGAAUCGCUUACAGUGAGUUCUAUUACACUUUUCCAAACCGAUUGUGCAAUACGCGUACUUGCAACCGUUGAACAUUCUCGACGAUGUCACCGACAACAAUACUAAACAUGAACGUGAACUCGGAUCCACCGACAGUCCAGCUUUAACACCAACCAUCGAGGAAUUCGUGUCGAAGGACUUACACAGCUACUUUUUUGGUAAAGGCAAACUACUUUUUGACGAGCCCGAUACUUUGCCGAUCAUUCGGGUUACAGUGCAGCCUACUCGAACUGAUUUCGUGAUAAAAAACAAGAAAAUGCAGAAGAACAUACAACCAACUGCUGUACAAUUGCCGCAAAAACAGCAAUCUAUCAAGCCAACGAACGACGUUGAGCGAAAGGUGUCCUGUCGAAGUUGCGACAGAAAAUUCGUCACCGUUGAUGACAUGAAGAUUCACGCGGCGACUCACCUGAAGAAAAAGAAUAAGGAUUGCUUCGUUUGCGGCAGGAGAUUCAGUCACGGAGGUGCACUUUGCCUUCACAUGCGAUCCCAUAAAUUUGCACGCUCAAGAAAAUCAUGAAUCUAUUUGAAGUAUUUUUACUUUUUUUUCGAGUAAUUUUCAUUAAUAGCGAAUCAUAUCUUACUUAUAUUUUUGUGUAGUCUGAAAUUUUUGUUUACACAUUUUUUAAUUGAUCAAUUAUAAACUAAGAUUUUUGAGAUUUACUGUUUAUUUUUUGUGCAGUACUAUAAUUAUUUAAUUACGAGUAUACUACAGCGAUUCGAAUGUUUAUUCAAUGUAUAAGUGUUUAUAAUAAUCAAAAUCAUUUACGAGAUUCCUAAUUAAUUAUUUUUAUUUUUACCAAUUUAAAAAAUAUUCCAUUUUACGUUGAUUAGUGAUUUUAACAAAUAUUUUAAUUCUAUUUACCAACAAUCACUUUGUAACGAUGAAAAUUAUUGUGCAACUGUAUUAGUUUACUAAAAGAUAAUAUUUAAAUUUAAGUGUCAUCGAAAACCACCCUGAAUCGAUAUAAUCAAGAUCAUUUAUUUGAGAUUCCAGUCGAUACUUAUCCGACCAAAACAAAACCACGUGAUUAAUUCUUUGUUUCGAGAGUACACGUCUCCGGCACAGUACGUUUUCUUCGAUUUUGAGCUCAAGAAGUUUUUUGCUUACUUCUAUUUCAUUAUUUCCUUUCCUCUAAAGUAUUUCCUUUAAUUUCCUUCCGUUCCUCUUAUAAAAAAGAGAACCUGACUAAAUGAAGCUGACUUAUUCGUGAUCAGAUGUUGUGAUAUUUGUGUUAUGUUCGGUCAUAAAACAUUACUGCGGAUUUUCGUAGAUUAGACGUUCAAAAAGUGUAUUAGCAUAAUAAUUGACAUGUAUUUGUAUAUAAAUUGAUUAAUUUAAUGAUGUUAACUUUAUAAUAAAAACCAAGUAAUACCUCGAUAAAAAAAUUAAUUAAACAUUUGCUCUAUCCAAAAUUUUAGUUUCCGACUUCAACGUACAUAUAGAACGUAUAGUACGUUGUGUAAUACGCAUUUGUGGAUAAUUAAUAUUGUAAGUGCAAAAUACUUAGAAUCACAUAUAAUUUCAUACAUACGAUUAAUAGAGAACAGCUUUAGCUGAUAGUAAGUUUAACACGUACAUGCAACCAUUGUUUGUAGCAAAUUUCUUCCUUUGAACAUUUUUAAUAAAUGACGAUAUAAUUACGUCAUCGCUACUUUCUUCAUAUAUCAAAACAAAAAUUGAAUUUUCAAGAUGGACAGUGAAAAAAAAGCAGUAUUGGAUAUUAUUAACUCAAACUACUUUAAAGAAUUGAUAAAGCAAGAGAUUACUCGCAUUUCCAAAAGCAACAGUGUUUCAGAGUUGGCUAGAUUGCAGGGUGACUUUAGUUUCCAAAAUAAUUACCAUGCUACUGAAGAUCAUGAUGAUAUUUGGAAAUUUUAUUCAAUGAGUAUAGCUGUUGCAGAACAGAAUUCAAUGGAACUUGGUCUAGCAUACAGCCAAAGAUCUUCUAUUUUGUUACACAUGUGCAUGUUUGAAGAAAGUCUUGUAGAUAUUAACAGAGCACUAAAUAUUGUUACCGGCAAUUUUUUACGCUUGAAAUUGCUGCUUCGUAAAACCAAAUGUCUGCAUGUAUUACACAACAAAGACAAAGCUUACAGUGUUUUGAAACAGGCUGAAUGUACAUUGAAGAAGAUUACUAGUUUAGUAAUGAAACAGUUGUUUGAACAAGAAAUAAAAGAGAUAAAGACUAAAAUUAAUGGACCUCGGUGUAAGGUUCUUAAGCCUGCAAACCACAAAUGUAAUAAACUUCAAAUUUUAGAGGAGAUACAUCCAGUAAAUAACUUUUCAUCGGUGAAAAUUCAAAGAGAUGAAAAGUAUGGUAGGUACUUAACUGCAACUAAAGAUAUUAGUCCUGGAGAAGUGAUUUACAUAGAAAAGCCAUAUAUCCAGUGUUUGAAUCUUAAAAAACUGCAUGCAUACUGUUCACACUGUUUCAAAACCACAUGGACAAAUAUUCCCUGCAUAAAUUGCUCUUGGACUAUGUUUUGCUCUGAAGAAUGUAGGGAUGACGCUUGGUUAAAGUAUCAUGACGUGGAGUGUUCAGUUUACGCAUAUGCAAAGGAUGAUAUAAGUAAUGAUCAAACCAAACAGAUGGCCAUCAGACUUAUGAUUAUGGCUGUAAAAGAAUAUGGCACUAUUGAAAAGUUAGAGGCUCAGUUGCAGAAAUGGGAUGAGUCUCAGGAUAACGAAGAAGCAUUCUUGGAGAAUGAAGAAAUAAAAAGCAAUGGAUUCAAGUCAGUGUAUAUGAUGUCAAGCCAUGUUACACCUAAAUUUUUUAGAAAACACAAAAAAGAUGCUGCAAAAGUUUUGAGAUCUCUAGGUAAAAAUACUGAAUUUUUCGGAAUCAAUUUUGACUACACAAAUGUUGAUAGCUACACAAGGAAUGAGAGGGUUUUGUUUCUGGGAGCCUUGUUUCUAAGGUUGUAUAAAAUUUGUGAUCUUAAUAGUUUUCAAAUGUGGAACGACUCUUUUGAAUGUCAAAUUCAUUUACCUCUUAAUAUCAUGUGCUGGAUGAAUGAAUGCUGUAGCAGAGGUAUUUAUAUUGCUCCCAUUACAAGUCUACUCAAUCAUAGUUGUUACCCAAAUGCAAGUAGAUGUUAUAGCGAUAAUCACAAAGUGAUCUUGUAUGCUCUACUACCUAUCAAAAAAGGAGAUCAGAUUUUUCAUCCUUACAUAGAUACAUAUUUCGAAUUUCCCGCUGGAGAUAGGCGAACGUUUUUAUCUCACAUAUACAACUUCACUUGUGAAUGUGCACCUUGCCAAGAGGAUUGGCCAGAAUACAAAGAGAAUGAUGAAUAUUCCAUCAAACUUGCACGUGAUCUAGAAAUAAUUCAAAUGACUAAGUCGGAAUAUGAAGAAUUGACGAAGACAAAAGAAGAUACUACACAAAGUGAGGAUAAAAUAAUAUUAAACAAAUUGAGAAAAGGUAUAGAAAAAACACUAAAAAAAUUACCUCAACCAUCUUUACGUACACUUGAAUUCAUAAAAAGAUUAUCAUCCAAAUUUGAGUUUAUCUAUGGCAUUUGGUUAACAGUACCUGAUGAUUGUAAUCUUGCAUAUCCUUUAUAACUUUCAAAAUUCUAAUAGCUGUAAAUUUUGUAUUAAUUUUUUUCUAUGUUUUUAUUCCUAAACUGGAUUUAUUGUAUUAUUUGUUGUGUUGACUGCAUAUAAAUAAUAUAUUU